AUGAGUGGAAAAAGAAACCAAACCAGCCCGGUUGGAAGCCCUUUAUCCGGUGGGAAUGUAUCCGACGGCGGUUCCAAAGAGCAAGACAGGUUCCUCCCCAUUGCUAAUGUGAGCCGGAUCAUGAAGAAGUCCCUCCCUGCAAAUGCCAAGAUUUCAAAGGAAGCCAAGGAAACUGUCCAAGAAUGCGUCUCCGAAUUCAUUAGCUUCAUCACUGGGGAAGCCUCGGACAAGUGCCAACGAGAGAAGAGGAAGACUAUCAAUGGCGAUGAUCUUCUUUGGGCCAUGACAACUCUUGGUUUUGAGAACUAUGUUGGACCCUUGAAGGGCUAUCUCAACAAGUACAGAGAAACUGAGGGCGAGAAGAACUCCAUGGCUAGAGGACAAGAAGAUCAAGACCACUCGUCUCAUGAUGAUCAUCACAUCAACAACAACAAGAAGCAACUCCAAAAUGGUGCUAAUGGGAUCAACACAGUAGGAACUAAUAAGGUGGAUCUUCUCAGUAAUAUUGGUGGAUUUUAUUCACUUGGAGGACAACAGAUGAGUGCUCCAAAGGCGUUUGGAGAGAGUGGAAGGGUUAUUGACUAUGGGGAUCAGAAUUUGAUGACUUAUGGGGAUGGAAGUGCAAAUCAUCUUCACAAUGGGAUAGGAUGGUAA